AUGCGCGACAGGAAGCACGAUAUCCAACUACCUGGGAUGAAGCGUUUCACAUCGUAUACAGAAUACUAUGACGCUUGUCGGAAGGUAUGCGAAGAGUGGACAGCCAAGACUGCCAUCGGGAUAGAUCUAAACUUCUUCCGCACGCUGGCCGAUCGUCCAGUUAAGGAGGAAACCAACGAAGAACUUCACGACACUGACGACGACGUUGCAGUGGGAGAGCAGGAACUUCUGGCCCCCACCUCUGUCAAGAAGCAAGAACUGAAGGUGACAAGAUCGAGAUCCGCACCCGUCGACAAUACAGUCCAAGCCGCCACCCCGAAACAGUUCCUAUACUACCUCUACCACAGUGCUCACCGCCUCAUCGUCGACGACAUGUAUGGAGCAUUCGACCAAGGUAGCUUCGUCCAUCGCAAGCUCUUCCGUCGCAGCCUGCCGGGUGGUGUCCCUGCCUUCCUUGAGAUUUCUACCGCUUGGCGGUGUCUCAUGCUCGCCUCGUAUCUCAUAUGGAUCGCCGGGUCUAAGACUGACUGUUCGCCCGCUGAUCAGAUGGACGACGACACUGAGCACGCCUUGGCCUACCCCGAUCUGCCCUGCUACAUCGACUAUGCCGACAAAGAUGAUGCAUUCUAUGAUGUUAUGUAUGGUUUAUGGCUCCGAGGUCUGGUUAGUGAGAGUCGGAGAUGGUUCAACGAGUCUCGUAUCAGGAGAAUGGUCGGCUACAUAGGCAGCGAGGAGGAGUUUAAAGCUCACAAAGCUUUGGAAGGUUGGUGCGAGAAGUUGACAGCUAAAGCUGGUCUACCGAAGAGAGACAAAGAUGACAAAGCUGUGCUUUGGGGCAAUAUCUGGAUGAAGGCAUUGGAGAAGUGGUUGAGGGACUAUGCUGGCGCAAAGAUGUACGGAACAUUUGCGGACUGCUUGAAGGAGGUUGCUUUGGCGAUGAUCGGUGCUCUUGAUACUAUAUAG